AUGGAGAAUUCAUUACUUGCACAGCAUUUGUACAAUACAGCCUAUCAAGUCCCCAAUAGUGACACCGAGACAGAAAGUUUAUAUGACGGAUUGUAUGGAGCAGAAAGUGAGCUCACAAGCUCAUCAUCAUCUUUUUACGAUGCAGCAUCAUCGAAGGAAUCCCUCAUACCAUUAUCCGAAAACCAAUCUUCAGCUUCAUCAAGCCCCUACCCCAGUCUACAUUGUCCAGCGAGAUUAGACUGGCAUUAUAUUGACCAACCUCUGGGUACGAAUUAUGCGAACGAUUUGUGGCUAAAACCACGGCGUCCGACUGCCGCCAGUGACUCGGACGAAGAUACAGAAUCACUCAAAAAGCAAAAGGACACACACCACCGGGACACACCCUCAAAGCUCGACCAAGGUUACAAUGGGAUCUUCGAAUACUUGACUCCAGCUAGCUCUCGAAAGCCAUUUGACACUCUAGAGCAACCUUCACCAACAACAACAGCAAAAACCUGCACAGAAGUAUCCCCAUCAGGGACAGUCGAGAACUUAACAGUCACCCCAACCAUGUCACCUUUCAAUCUCUAUCGUGAAAUCAUUGCUCAAAACCAAAACCAACCGCAAUAUGCCUACAUCGUUCUCCACGACGCCAUCCCCGUCGCAGCAGAAUCUCUCGCGACAACCACUGUCACUGGUGUUUACAUAACGCUUGAAGAAGCAAACAGCUUCGUAGAACGGGUUGCAGAUGAAACCUGUAGGGACGUACCAGAGGAACAUCUAACUCUACUCGUAGAUGAGGGGGCGUGUGCUUUCGAUAUUUUGGAUAUGGAGAGGCAUGUUCUGCAUAGGGUUUAUAUUGAGAAACAGGCUAUUAGGGGAGAGUGGAGUGAGAAGACGGAGAUUGAGGAGAUGGGUGUUUUGAGAGGUCAAGAAGAGGAUGAGGAAUUCUUUGAUGGAAUGGCAAAUUUGUCUUUGUGA